AUGAUGGCGAAGAAAUGUUUCGUGCCAGGGUGUAUGAAUGAGGCUGGGUAUGCAUGCAAAUGCUCUUCUCCUGAGAUUUUAUUAUGCGAAGAGCAUAUCGGGGAGCAUGUAAACUUAUCUAACAGAGCUCAUAAUCUUGAAUCAAUGUUUAUGCAGCCUUGUGAAGGGACAAAAGAAGCAAUUCUUGAAUUCCUUGCAAAAGAAAAGUCAAAAUUUAGCGAGUUGAGAAGAAAAAUUAUAGAUUCCUUUCGCCCGCGUCUUCCUAAUCCAGAGAAAGAUUUAGGAGGUUUCACCAAGUUGGAUUGCUACUUAGAUGAAAUAAAUGACUUCAUUGCAAAAAUUUCCCAAACUUCAAAAUUAUUAAAAUCAGAAGAAGAUCCAAUUUUAGGAUUAUUGAGUUUACAGCCUCAAGAAGCUAUUGAGAAAAUAAAAUUAAUGGCCACAGCCAUCAGAGAUUGAUGCAACGGUGCAAGGCUAUUUAUUAUAUUCAAUCAAAAGUUAGAGAGUCUAAAUAGAUCAUUCUUUACAGAAAUAUGCGGGGCAUAUCUAGAUAAAAGUAAUAUGCAAAAUACUCCUGAAAUGCUGAAUAAAAGUAAAGCCGCAAGUGUAGAGCCAGCAAACGUUAAGGAUUCGAUUUCCUUGAUAAUAAAUGAGAACUUUGAGAGUUUAAAAAAGUCUGAAAACGCAAAUAAGCCAAUAAGGCUGCUUAAUUUUCAAAUAAGCGCUGUUUCUAAUUAUCUCAACAAUAAAUCAAUUGAAACAGAAAGUGCUUUAAGCGUUAUAGAUACCUUAAGAAAUAAAACAGCUGAGAUUUUGAGUAGACCAAACAACUCAGAAUUAGAGAUAGAUUUCAGAACAACUUGUUCAACAAUUAAGGCCAAUUCUAGUCUUUAUGAUCCGCCACUAAUUCAAGCUUACCAAGAUUAUCUCAAAGCUUAUCAACUAAAAACAUCUCUUUAUAAUAUUACAAGAGAUAAAGGAAGCAGGAGAACAUAUUUAACUAUUUAUAACACUGAAACUGAAACCCAAGAAGUCAAAACCUUGCAGACUCCAGAACCACUAGACGGUUCUACGUGCAUAACUCAACUUCCAAAUGGCAAGCUGUUCUGUUUUGGUAAUAAUACAUCUUCAGGAAUUACAGUGCUGAUUGAUGUGGAUGGUGGAGCCGAAGUGCUGCCAUCAGGAACAAAAAAAUGGUAUUUAUUUUUUAUAAUUUAG